GAGAGACAGAGAGAGGGAAGACAAAGGAAUCGAGAGUCGGCGCCCUUUGUCUACGCCGACCAAUCAUUACGUCCUUUUCUCGACUACUUCUCCACCGUCGUCACUUUCUCUCUCUGGAAAAGCUGUUCCCCUUCCCUUCCCCGUCUCUCUAAAACAAUUAUAAAUUUCUUAUCUCUAUCUCGCCUACCGGUUCUUGUUGAUUCGUUUGUUUCUUUUUUUUUAGAAAAAUUUCUUCUAUUAAUUUCGGUUCUUCCGUUUAAUUUUUUUAAACAAACCGGAAGUUUCCUGAGAUUAAUCUGAUCUAGGGUUUUAUUUUUGUUCUUCGAUUUUUCUUUUACGUUUUAUUGAUUCGUCGGGGAAUAAUUUUAUUUUCUUUUUUGAGAAUUUUUGAAUUUUCUGGUGAAACAUGAAAAGCAUGGCUGAGCAAUCCGUGAUUGUUGAGAAGGUCGACGAUGUUGACAAGGAGAAGAAGAAGAAGCGUCGUUCCAAUCGCCGAUCUAAGCAGAACACUCCUUCUACAUCAGCUUGCAGUUCAGUGAAUGAAAAAGGUGCUGGAGUGUCACAGUUGGGAACUGGUUUCAAAACUAAAAUUUUAACAUCAUCUAUGGGCCACUCUUCAUCAAGAAAGCAGGAGUUGGACAUGCAUCCAUCAAAUGAAGAGGGACCUGCAAGAGCAUCAAAUGAAGAGGGACCUGCAAGAGCAUCAAAUGAAGAGGGACCUGCAAGAGCAUCAAAUGUUGAGUUUAAUUCUCUGCCUACAAUGCAUAUAAAUGAAAAAACAGAAUCAGGUGGUGAGGCGAGGAACUUGCAAGGUGACGAUUUUUACCCUUCUGAUGGUAGUGGAAGAAUAUUUUCUAUGUCGUGCCCUGAACCUAUUCCUAGUGGAGGUCCAUUAGGGGUAGUCACAGACCAUGGUUUGCCAUCUUUCAAUCAGAGUGGUGUUCAUGCUCAAUGUAAGAUUUUUGCUUCACACUGGUCAAUAGCAGCUGUUAAUGAGGCAUUAGAGAAAGGUGAUGCUUUUAAAGCACUAUUUCGGGUAAAUGCUCACAAUAGGCUUGAGGCAUACUGCAAAAUUGAUGGAGUAUCAGUAGAUGUACUCAUCAAUGGGAAUGCUGCACAGAAUAGAGCUGUUGAAGGAGACAUUGUGGUUAUCAAGGUUGAUCCUUUGUCUCUGUGGACCAAGAUGAAAGGGUCAACUGGGCCUUCCAACAAUCUUGUGCCUGCAGAAGAUGUUAACGUACCGCCAGAAGUCGGUGAAAUGGUUGCUGAUGGCAAGGGUAAGAGCAAGUUAGAUGUGAAGUAUGAGAUUGCACAACGUGAAUGUAGCUUAUCUCCAGAGAAUGGAUUUCAUGAAGAGGAUUACUCUAUAACUGGCAAUGCUGUUCAUCAAGAACUCAUUGACCACAUGGGUGGUGGUUAUAUAAAUGAGCAUAAUCCCUCUGCCUCAGAUUUUUCUUGUGUUGGCUCUUCUAGAGAGCAGAAUGAAGCGAUCGGUGCUUUAGGGAGGUUGUGUGCCAUGAUCAGUUCAUUCCCGUCAAAGCGACCUACUGGCCGGGUUGUUGGCAUCGUCGAAAGGUCUCUUCGUCGAGAUGCUAUUGUUGGUUUUCUUAAUGUUAAACAAUUGGUGUACUACAGGGAAGGCUUUAAGAAAGAAGCAAAGAAGAACAAGGGUCUGUUAUCAAUUUCUGACCAUGACUAUAUCCAGCUGACCCCAACUGACCCAAAAUUUCCGAAAAUGAUGGUCCUUGUUCGAAGCUUGCCUGACUUGAUCAAUAAAAGAUUGCACGAUGGUGACCUAACAGUUGAAAUGGAACUUGUAGCUGCACGCAUUGAUAGUUGGAGUGAGGAAAGUCCUUUUCCACAAGCCCAUGUCUCCCAUAUUUUUGGACGGGGAGGUGAAGUGGAGCCACGACUCAAUGCUAUUUUAUUUGAAAAUGCAAUCUGUUGCUCUGAAUUUUCUCCAGAAACACUUUCCUGCCUUCCUCACAUUCCUUGGGAGGUGCCACUGGAAGAAUAUAAAAAUAGGAUAGAUCUUAGAGAUUUUUGCAUUUUUACUAUUGACCCUCCAACUGCCACUGAUCUUGAUGAUGCCCUAUCGGUUGAAAAGUUAUCGAAUGGAAUUAUCAGGGUUGGGGUUCAUAUUGCUGAUGCAUCAUAUUUUGUUUUACCUGACGCAGCCUUAGACAUAGAAGCUCAAAUCAGAUCAACAUCUGUCUAUAUGUUGCAACGUAAAUUACCAAUGUUGCCGUCCUUGCUCUCUGGGAAUCUUGGUUCACUUAACCCUGGAGUAGAUAGACUAGCAUUCUCAAUUUUCUGGGACUUGAAUGGUGCUGGGGAUGUCAUAGAUCGCUGGAUUGGCCGCACUGUGAUACGAUCUUGUUGCAAGCUUUCAUAUGAAAACGUACAGGACAUAAUUGAUGAGGAAAAUGGCACUUUUUUCGGAAAUGGAUGCCCACAAUUGUAUAACGACUUUGAAUGGUCUUAUGUAAUUGAAACUGUUAAGAAUCUUCAUAAAGUUUCAAAAACUUUACAGACGAAGAGGCUCAAUGACGGGGCUCUGCGACUUGAUAACUCUAAAGUUGCAUUUUUGUUUGAUGUGAAUGGAAUUCCAUAUGAUAGUGUGCUUUCUGAACAGAAAGACUCACAAUGUCUUGUUGAAGAGUUUAUGCUCUUGGCGAACACGACCGCUGCUGAAAUCAUAUCUAGAGCUUUUCCACAUAGUGCGUUGUUGCGAAGGCACCCUGAGCCCAAUAUGCGAAAGCUUAAAGAGUUUGAAGCUUUCUGCUUCAAGCAUGGCUUGGAAUUGGACACUUCCUCUUCUGGUCGUUUCCAUUGGUCGCUUCAACGGAUCAGGGAAAAGCUCAAGGAUGAUUCCGUACUAUUUGAUAUUUUUAUCUCAUAUGCUACAAAACCAAUGCAAUUGGCUUCUUACUUCUGUAGUGGUGAUUUAAAAGAUAAUGUCAAUGACUGGGGUCAUUAUGCUCUUGCUGUUCCAUUUUAUACGCAUUUUACUUCACCACUUCGUCGUUACCCUGAUAUUGUUGUCCAUCGCACAUUGGCUGCUGUAAUAGAAGCUGAGAAAUUGUGUCAGAAGCAUAAAAUCUUGCAUAAGUCUCAGCAUGGGGAAGAAGCAACAGUAAGAUGUUUCACUGGUAUUCAUUUUGAUAAGAAUACGGCUGAGUCUCUUGAAGGCAGGGAAGCAUUAUCAGCUGCCGCAUUAAAGCAUGGAGUUCCCUGUGCCGAAUUACUUGCAGAAGUUGCUGCUCAUUGUAAUGAAAGGAAGCUGGCUAGUAGGCAUGUUAAGGAUGCCUGUGAUAAGCUCUACAUGUGGGUUUUGCUCAAGAAGAAAGAGAUUUUAUUAUCAGACGCUAGAGUUUUGGGUCUGGGGCCAAGAUUUAUGUCAAUUUACAUCAACAAGCUAGCUGUUGAACGGAGAAUAUAUUAUGACGAAAUUGAAGGCUUGACAGCUGAGUGGCUUGAGGUAACAUCUACAUUGGUGCUGAGUUUUUGUGCCUACAAACAGUCACAUAGGAGAAGUGGCUUUGGCUAUAAUAGGAAACUAGAUGAUGCUGCAUGGCUUGUGAGCCCUACUAAUCCGGGAGUUGAAUUGUGCUUGUCUGGAGAUGGUAGUAGUGAGUGUGCUUCUGGUUUAUCUGCCCAUGAUUUGGAUCCUGGUUUGAAGUCGGGGAUUGAGCCAGCAGUUUUCCCUCUGACAGUGCGCCUUCUUGCAACAAUCCCUGUAGCACUUCAUGCAGUUGGUGGGGAUGAUGGACCCCUUGAUAUUGGUGUGCGGCUUUACAUGAGUUCAUAUUUCAGAUAAGUGGUUUUGUGGAUGUGGGAAAGCAAAGGAUGCACAGCACGGGUAAAUAAAACUAAGUUAACCGGGCUUUAUACUAAGUAAACAGGGCUUUAUAUUGUUCGGUGAGAGCUCUGUUGCAGAUAAAAAGUACCUGCGUAUAGUUUGCUCUAUUAGUAGUGGACAAGAGUUCAAAAACGCAAAGGAGGAAGUAUGUUGUUGGAUCUUGGGAUGCAUUCAUACUUCAUGAUUCUGUUCGACGUUUGGUGCUGAAAUAUCUGGUGGAAUGUGUAGAUAAAGGCGGGUUCUGCUGCCAUGGCCUUUGUUUUAGUAGCUGGUUUUAACAAAAGCUGCUUCCCGGAAUUGGCCUUUGUUUUUGUCGGCCGGUUUCAUAUUGAUAACAAAUUUAAUCCUGUAUUUUUCCACUUUUUUUUUCAUUUAUUUAUUGCAGCCCAAUAGAUUUUUUUAUUUUGGGUGGCUGGAUCAUAUUUGAGACUUGCAGUCUCACUAGUCUGUCUGUUGCGGCUUGCGCAUGUGUUCUUUUCAAUAUUCCUACAGUCGGGCAAUGCGUAAGUUUUCGAUGUUAUCUCAAAUGUGGGGUAAAUCUUGGACUAGUAAAACAAUAGUAGUCAGUUUCCCUCUGUUAAA